AUUUCAGUAGGGUCUUGAGCAGACGUUCAGUCCACCGUCUCAAAACAGAUUUCUCAAGUGACCUGUGAAUCGGGAAGACGACUGUGAUUAAUGAUUACGGCGGGCUCACGGAAGCUCUUGUCAAGAUUAACCGUUACCUGGGGUUUACUCAGAGGCAGAAUAAAUGCUGGAUCCUUGAGUGACGUGGCAGAGGACGGAUGCGUUUUGAGUGACAGGGAGGAGGGGGUGGACCCUGGCAGGGGCCCUCCAGAGAGAAGCUCGGGUGUGCAGAGCAAAGGCGGUGGGGAAGCAGCUGAAAAGCGAGUCCAGACCGGGAAGCUGGAAACAGCACUGGGCUCUCACACUGCAGCUCACCUGCCUGCCUUGGUCCCGUCCCCAGAGGAGGUUAGUCCUGAAGCUUUAUAACGUUAAUAGGUGAUACUGUGCGAAAGCGGCCAUUCUAAACUGACUUUUCUUUCUCAUUUCUCCUCAUUUAAAAACACCAAAAAACACACUUAAUUCUUAGUCACUUUAGGUGAUGUGUUUGAAAUGUUAGGAAAUGGAAUUUUUACUGGAAUUGCAUCCAAUGUAUAAACUAUUUGGGAAGCGUUGGCUCCUGCAGGCCUAGAGUGAGGGUGAGAGCUGGCACAAACCGGUGUGAAUCCGGUUGGACGACUUCCCACCCGUGUGACCUUUGACAAGAGGCCCAGGUUCUCGAACCCUCACUCCUCGCCCAGGAAACGGUGUGAUAACGGGGCGCGCACACCAGCCCAUCAUGGUUGUCGGGGGGCAUGGAGGAGAAACCCCGCGGGUCCCGUCCGCGCUCCGCUGACAUUACUGCCCCCGCCGCCGCCGUCUGCGGACCGGACCGGCUGCUGUGCCCUGUGUUUCGUGCAUCAGGCCCCAGGGCAGGCGCACGACCUGGACGGCCCCUGGGACCCAGAGGCUGGAGAGCGCUGCGGCGCCCGCGACCCCCACGCAGAGCCCCUGCCCCCGCUGCCCCGCGGGCCAUGGACGUGUACCGCACCCCCGCCGCCGCGCUGGACGGCCUGGUGGCCAGCAGCCUGCAGCCGCCCGCCGAGUUCGUGGGGACCGUGCGGCGCGCCCUGGGCGACCUGGGAGCGGCCCUGAGAGAGCGCGGGGGCCGCCCCGGACCCGGACCCGGACCCGGAGCCGCUGCCCCUGCGUGGCGGGUGCUGAAAAUCGCCAAGGGAGGCUCCUCUGGCCGGGGCACAGCUCUGAGAGGUGGCUGUGAUUCUGAACUUGUCGUCUUCCUCGACUGCUUCAAGAGCUAUGAGGACCAGCGGGCUCUGCAGACAGAGAUCCUCAAGGAGAUGAGGGUGCUGGUGGGAUCCUGGUGGCAGAAGCCGGUCCCUGGUUUGAGCCUUAAGUUUCUUAAACAGGACACGCCCGGGGCCCUCCAGUUCCGACUGGCAUCCACAGACCUUGAAAACUGGAUGGACAUUAGCUUGGUGCCCGCCUUUGACGCUCUGGGUCAGCUCAGCUCCAGUGUCAAACCCAAGCCCCAGGUCUACGCCACCCUCCUCGAAAGCGGCUGCCAGAAGGGCGAGCACGCGGCCUGCUUCGCUGAGCUGCGGAGGAACUUCAUGAACACCCGGCCGGCCAAGCUGAAGAACCUGAUCCUGCUGGUAAAGCACUGGCACCGCCAGGUGUGCCCGAAGGCGGGGCAGAACCAGAUGCCCCCUGCCUACGCCCUGGAGCUGCUGACCAUCUUCGCCUGGGAGCAGGGCUGUGGGAAGGAGGCCUUUAGCCUGGCCCAAGGCCUCCGCACCGUCCUGGGCCUGAUCCAACAGUACCAGCACCUGUGUGUUUUCUGGACCACCAACUACAGCUGCGAGGACCCUGCAGUGAAGAAGUUCUUGCAGCGCCAGCUUGAGGGACCCAGGCCCGUGAUCCUGGACCCGGCUGACCCCACGUGGGACGUGGGGAACGGGGCAGCCUGGCGCUGGGACCUGCUGGCCCAAGAGGCAGAGUCCUGCUACGACAGCCCGUGUUUCCUGCAGGCCGCAGGGGGCGCUGUGCAGCCCUGGGAGGGGCCCGGCCUUCCACGCACUGGGCGCUCCGGUGUGGACCACCCCAUCCUGCGAGACUCUGCCCAGAGGACCCCCACGGACAGCAGCAGUGUGGAUGCUGGAUGCUCCAGGGCAGGGGACAGGCGGCCCUCAUGCCCCGCUCCCGGCCCCUCGGUGGACGGCAUCACCCCCGGUACACCGGAGGGGGUCCCGGGUCUGUCUCAGGUCCCCGCCAAGGAGCUGGACCGCUUCAUCCAGGACCACCUCAAGCCAAGCCCCCAGUUCCAGAAGCAGGUGAGCAAGGCCGUCGAUGGCAUCCUGGGCCGCCUCCGGGAGAACUGUGUCUACAAGGCCUCGAGAGUCGGCAAGGGGGGCUCAUUUGGCCGGGGCACAGACCUCAGGGGUGGCUGUGAUGCCGAACUCGUCAUCUUCCUCAACUGCUUCGAGAACUACAAGGACCAGGGGCCCCGGAGGGCGGAGAUCCUCGCUGAUAUGCGGGACCAGCUGGAAUCCUGGUGGCGGGAUCCGGUCCCCGGCCUGACCCUGAACUUUCCAGAGCAGACCAUGACCAAGGCGUUGCAGUUCCAGCUGAUGUCCCCGGCCCUAGCAAGCUGGGUGGACGUGAGCCUGCUGCCGGUCUUUGAUGCCGUGGGGCAGCUCAGUGCCGGCACCAAACCGGACCCCAAGAUCUACCGGACUCUCCUGGACAGCGGCUGCCAGGACGGGGAGCACAGGGCCUGCUUCGCCGAGCUGCGGAGGAGCUUCGUGAACUCCCGCCCGACCAAACUGAAGAGCCUGAUCCUGCUGGUAAAGCACUGGCACCGCCAGGUUGCUGCCCGGAACAAAGGAGAGCGGCCGGCCCGUGCCUCCCUGCCCCCAGCCUACGCCCUGGAGCUCCUGACCAUCUUCGCCUGGGAGCAGGGCAGCGGGAAGGACCGCUUCAGCACGGCCGAAGGCCUGAGGACCGUCCUGGGGCUUGUCCAGCAGCACCGGCAGCUCUGUGUCUUCUGGACGGUCAACUACAGCUCUGAGGACCCAGCUCUCAGAGCGCACCUCCUCGGCCAGCUCCGGAAACCCAGACCCCUGAUCCUGGACCCUGCCGACCCCACCUGGAACGUGGGCCUGGGCAGCUGGGAGCUGUUGGCCCAGGAAGCGGCCGCCCUGGAGACGCAGGCCUGCUUCAUGAGCGCAGACGGGACGCCCGUGCAGCCCUGGGAUGUGAUGCCCACGCUCCUGUACCAGACCCCAGCCAGGGACCUCGACAAGUUCAUCAGUGACUUCCUCCAGCCCAACCGCCAGUUCCUGGCUCAGGUGAACAAGGCGGUUGACACCAUCUGCUCCUUCCUGAGGGAAAACUGCUUCCAGAACUCGCCCAUCAAAGUGCUCAAGGUGGUCAAGGGCGGCUCUUCGGCGAAGGGAACGGCGCUGCGGGGCCGCUCCGAUGCCGACCUGGUGGUGUUCCUCAGCUGCUUCGGCCAGUUCACCGAGCAAGGGAGCACGCGGGCCGAGGUCAUCUCAGAGAUCCGAGCCCAGCUGGAGGUGUGUAAGCGGGCGCGGCAGUUCGAGGUGAAGUUCAACCUCCCCAAGUGGGAGAAUCCCCGCGUGCUGAGCUUCUCGCUGACGUCCCAGACGAUGCUGGACCAGAGCGUGGACUUCGAUGUGCUGCCGGCCUUUGAUGCCCUCGGCCAGCUGGCCCCGGGCUCCAGGCCCCCGCCUCAAGUCUACGUGGACCUCAUCCGCAGCUACAACACCCCGGGCGAGUACUCCUCCUGCUUCACAGAGCUGCAGCGGGACUUCGUCGUCGAUCGCCCCACCAAGCUCAAGAGUCUGAUCCGGCUGGUGAAACACUGGUACCGGCAGUGUAAGAAGAUGCCCAAGGGGAAGGGCUCUCUGCCCCCCCAGCACGGGCUGGAACUCCUGACGGUGUAUGCCUGGGAGCAGGGGGGGCAGGACCCCCAGUUCGGCAUGGCCGAGGGCUUUCGCACUGUCCUGGAGCUGGUCACCCAGUACCGCCAGCUCUGUGUCUACUGGACCGUCAACUACAGCCGUGAGGACCAGACCGUCAAAGAUUUCCUGGAGCAGCAGCUUCGCAAGCCCAGGCCCAUCAUCCUGGAUCCGGCAGACCCGACAGGCAACCUGGGCCCCAAUGCCCGCUGGGACCUGCUGGCCAAGGAAGCUGCAGCCUGCAUGUCCUCCCUGUGCUGCAUAGACAGAGAUGGCACCCCCAUCCAGCCGUGGCCAGUGAGGCUCUCAGCCCAGAGAUCCUCUCCCUCCUCUGCCUCCUGCUCUGCCGUGAGCUGUCGCCCCGGCAGGCAGCCAGCAGCAGCAAUGAGCAACUGGCUAUCCGCAGCAAUGGGCAACUGGCUAUCCUGGCUAUCUGGCGCCUGCCCAAAAACGGUGUACUCGGUGCCUGCUCAGAAACUGGAUGAGUAUAUCCAGACCUCACUGAGGCCGACUGAAGACUGUCAGAGACAGAUCGAUGAGGCCGUGGACACCAUCUGUGCCGCCCUGCAGGAAGCCACGGAGCCUCCCACGGUGACAGAUGUCGCCAAAGGUGGCUCCUACGGCCGGAAAACGGUCUUAAAGGGCAACUCCGAUGGUACCCUUGUCAUCUUCAUCAGUGACCUUGAAAAAUUCCAGGAUCAGAAGGAAAACCAACAUGAAAUCCUCGACAAAAUCUGGGAGCAGCUGAGAGCUUGUCAGCUCGAAAGGAAGCUGACAGUCAAGAUGGAGAUGCAGAGGUCCAAUGGUGACCUCACCGUCCGGCUGUCCACACGAUGGCAGAGCGUCACUUUUGACGUGCUGCCCGCCUUCGAUGCUCUGGACUUGAGCGGCAAGCCCAGCCCCUCGACCUAUCGAGACCUCAAAAGAGCCUUGGACCAGACAAAAGCCAGCCCCGGUGAAUUCUCCGUCUGCUUCACAAAACUCCAGGAGGAUUUUUUUAACAAGCAUCCCAGGAAGCUGAAGGAUUUGAUCCUCUUGGUAAAGGCCUGGCAUCGACAGUGCCAGAAACUGUGGGGGGAUCAAUCCCUGCCACCCUCGUAUGCUCUAGAGCUGCUCACCGUCUAUGCCUGGGAAGAGGGGUGUAGAGAGGAAGACUUUGACAUAGUUCAAGGCCUCAGAACUGUCCUAGAGCUCAUCGAGCAGCAGGAGCAGCUGUGUGUCUAUUGGACAGUCAACUACAACUUUGAGGAUGAGACCGUCCGGAACGUCAUGCUGAACCAGAUCCGAUCAUCAAGGCCAGUCAUCUUGGAUCCAACUGACCCCACCAAUAUGAUGAGCAACGAUGAGACGUGCUGGCGACUGCUAAAAGCAGAAGCUCAAAACUGGUUAUCUUCUCUCAGCCUGAGCGGGUCACCUGGACCAUCUUGGAAUGUUCUGCCAGCACCGAUCCAUGAGACCCCAGGCCACCUUCUGGAUAAAUUCAUCAAGGACUUUCUCCAGCCCACGAAAAAGGUCAACAUUCAGAUCAAGGCAGCUGUUGGCAUCAUCUCGAAGUUCCUUAAAGAAAUCUGCUUUCGGCAUUCAGCUACGAAGGUCCAGAAGCCCAUCAAAGCAGGGUCGUCCGGCAAAGGCACCGCCCUCAGGACCGGCUCUGACGCCGACCUCGUCGUGUUCGUGGACUCGCUGACAAGCUUCCCCUCCCAGAAAACCGAGCGCUACAACGUCAUCAAGGAAAUCAAACACCAGCUGGAAGCCCACCAGCAGCAAGUGACCGAUCAGGACGUGGAGGUGACGUUUGAGAUUUCCAAAUGGGAGGCUCCCAGGGUGCUGAGCUUCUCUCUGAAAUCCAAACAUCUCAACGGGAGCGUUGACUUCGAUGUGCUGCCGGCAUUUAAUGCGCUGGAGAAGCUGGGACCUCUCUGGAAAGUCUACACCAAGCUCAUUGCUCAGUACGAACAGCACUCGGACACCCCGGGGGGCGAGUUUUCUGCCUGCUUCACAGAGCUGCAGCGAGACUUCGUCAGCUCCCGGCCCACCAAGCUGAAGAAUUUACUUCGCCUGGUGAAACACUGGUACAAGCAGUGUGAAAGGAGACUGAAGAAAAAGGGGUCGCUGCCCCCCAAGUACGCCUUGGAGCUGCUCACCAUCUACGCCUGGGAGCAGGGCAGUGGGGCCACAAGUUUUGACACCACCCAAGGCUUCCGGACGGUCCUGGAGCUGGUCACCCGCUAUCAGCAGCUCUGUGUCUUCUGGACGGUCAACUACAACUUUGAGAAUGAGACUGUGAGGAACUUCCUGCUGAAGCAGCUCCAGAGACCCAGGCCGGUCAUCUUGGAUCCGGCCGAUCCCACCGGCGACGUGGGCGGAGGGAACCGCUGGUGCUGGCAUCAUCUGGCGAACGAAGCUGCCGAAUGGCUGUCCUCCUCCCUCUGCUUCAAGGACGGAACUGGAGGUCCCGUCCCGUCGUGGAAAGUGCCGACGGUGCAGACACCGGGAAGCUGUGGGGCUGGUGUCGGUCCUGUCAUCAACGAGAUGUUCUCGUCCAGAAGGCGCGGAAUCCUAGACGAAAAUGCUCGGAGAAACUUCUCGAGGUCACCUGACAAGUGCCUUUGAAGGAUCAGUUCACUGUGUAAACGCGUAUCCCAGAUCCCUUCUCCCCACCCCCCACCCCCAAACUCCUUCCCUGGUUUCUUGGACGCCUCUUCAAAUCAAGACUGCCAGGUCCUUCCCAGAAAGUCUCGUACGCUCUCGCCUUGCUGGGCCCUCACUCCGUGAGUGGCCUGCUUUAUUAAAAAUGUUUGCUCUCAUCCGUAUUUUUCCCAUUAGCUCCUCCCUUUUCCUUCCAGUUUCAGAAGCGGAUCCUCUCCAUCUUCUGAGCGUGAAGCUCUUGCCCUGCCCCUUGGUUCCCAUAAGCCAGUGACCUUGCUUUCAUAAUCUCCCACCUCACCCUCCUCCCUCUGGGCGCAAACCCUACCUGUGCCUGCUGAUGGAAGGUCUCCUAAGCCAGUAGUAAGUCAGCCUCUUUAAGAUCUCAAACUCUCCUAAGCCUUGGAUUACAACUGUUGAGAUAUAUUUAUCUCCUGUUUCCUCCUUCCGAGCCUACCCUAGUCCCCCACCCAUGAGUAUCUUCUUGCCAAAUCUAAAGGCUUUAUCCUCUGGCUUUUCCUUCAAAGGUACUUGAAGAUCUAAGUGUUUUAACCUCACAUGUAUCCUCUGAAAGUCUUAUUACUGUCAUGUAUGCCAACUGCCAUGUAGUAAACGAAAAUGUCUGGCCGUUGCUCAGUGGUUAGAGCGUAGGCCCUCAGAUCAAAGGGUCGUGAGUUCGGUUCCCAGUCAAGGGCACAUACCUUUGUUGAAGGUUCCCCACCCCUGGGGCACG